UCAAUAUUGAUUCAGCAUUAAACUAGCACCAAACAAGCAUUAUAGUGAACAGGCUAAGCUACAAACUUGUAUUAUAGUGAAAAGGCUAAAGCACAAACUAGCAUCAGAGUGAACAGACCAUGAACUAACUUUUCAUUAAGCUUUUAAAAAUGUACUUAAGGUGUGAAACCUUUAAUCAAUAUCGAUUCAGCAUUAAAAGGAAAAGUUCAUUUAAUGGAUACUGUAGUAAGUUGGCACAAAAAUUAGCGUGCAUGAGUGAGCGCGCACACACACACACACACACACACACACACACACACACACACACACACACACUUACUUCCUGUUCACAGUUUAUAUCCUGUACAUUACCCCUGACAGAGGAUAGCUAUAGUUAUAUCACUCACGGUAUUGGUUAUACAAUAUUACAUUACUGAAGCAAAAGUUUAUACCCCAGUGUUUUUCUUUUCCUUUCUGUUUUACAAAUAUUGGUUUAAAAAAAUUCGACGAGAACACAAUAUUCCUUGUCAAGAUCAGGCAUGUGCUAUUUAGUAAUACUAGUAAUAAUAGUAACACUCGAAUUAUUGGCACCUUUCACGAGAAUGAUCAUAUACACAUAUGUACACAUGACGAAUCAAAAUCCUUCUACUGACAAAAAAGCUUCUAUAAAAGCUGUACAUUGUCCUAUAUGUACACACACACACACACACACACAUAUAUAUAUAUAUAUAUAUAUAUGUGUGUGUGUGUGUGUGUGUGUGUGUGUGUGUGCGUGUGUCAGCAGGCACAGAACUACCUCUAAAGCAUUUUAAAUACUUUACAGCCAAAAAAAUAAAUAAAUGAAUAAAUAAACACACAAAUAAAUGCCGUAAUGUGACUGUAAAAAAAUAAUAAUAAUAAUUCAAAGAAAUAUGAGCAUAAAUUGCAUGAAUGUGUUUUUUAUUAUUAAUCGUUCAGUUAUAUAUAGCCAUAAAUAUAAUUAUAUCAUUUUAAAUUGACAGUUUGUUUCAUUCAUUUCAUUUCAUAUUUAAUUCAUGUUCAAUGUUUAAUGAUAAUGACAUCCAUAAUAAAGAGAUCCUUUAAUCCCCACUGCUGUGUCCACAGGCCGAUAUUAUUCAUGCAAUCUUCACUUUAAUUCUGUCAAACAGUAGCUGAUGCUAAAACAAAGUGGGACAUAAUUAUUACAGGAAGAGCUUGUGUUUCUUGUAAAAUGACAGAGACGGAGAACAGCAGGAUUAGAGUGAGUGAGAGUGACCAAUAAAGCACUGUUGAAUACAGAACAGAAAGAGAUUCAGGGGAUUUAGAGACAAUGACAUAGAGGGAGGGGUAAGCUGUGUGUUUCCUGUUGCAUAAGCUCUUUCCUGUUUUUCUCCUCGACUCUCACAUUCCAAAGGAAUUAAUCCUCGGUGGAUCAACAACGUCUUGUCACUCUGUGCCUCUGCUCCACUCUCUCAGGAGAAACAAAGACAGCAAAUCAGUUGAACUGACUGCUUGUACAGCAUUACACUACAGAGAGUGUGUAUAGAGUUUGUGUGUAAGAUGGCAACACUGUUUUUGGUUGUGCUGUUCGGCUGUGUGUGGAGCGCUGGUGGUCAGGCGGAGCUGAAUAAACUCUCCGACGGCUAUAAGGCUGGAGCAGAGCUGGCGGUGGAGCAGGUGAACACACACUCAGGUGUGCUGCAGCACUUCCUGUUCUUCAGAAGCCUCCAGAAAUCAGAAGUGGACGGUGGAUUUGGAGCGAAAUACCUGUCUCAUCACUUUUACCUGAAGGCCACUCAAUGCGCUAAAGGAACUGCAGCCGCAGAAUCGAGCAAGUGCGCAUUCAGAAACGGCAAACCUCUGAUAGAUUGCAUGACCUGCUACAAGACGUAUCUAGAUGUGAUUCAGGAAAAUCCAAAACCGUACAUCCACUGCAUCCACAAACCAGCACUCACAAAGGAAAUGAGUAAAGCAAGAAGGGAUCAUUGUGAAAAAAUGAGCUAUAGCAGCGGAUCUGUUACACUGCUUGGCGUUAAGAGGAAUACAUAAGAAGGCAUCUCUCCAUUAAUAUGGAACUUCUCACUCCAAAAGAAGUUACAGUCCCUUCAUUCCACCAUAAAUAUGUUUUUUUUGUUUUUGUUUUUUUAGUGCUGACAUUAGUUAAUUAGCUAAGCUGUGACGUCUUGUGUUUUCAAACUGAUAUUAUUUCUGGCCUAUAGACAAUAUGAUGUGUUUACUUUUGAAUUUCAAGUUCGCAUUAAUAUCAACCACAUCAUAUCAACAAGACAUCACAGUUUACAGUAAAUUAAAUGCUUAACAUUAGCCUAACACUAGCUAUAGGCCACUCGCACAUAUCUUAACUGUCACUGUUGUUGUGUCUUGAACAAUAGAAGCAAAAUUUUUCUUAGCGUAAGUUUGUAACUGCAAAAAACAACAACAACAACAACAACAACAAAAAACCCCGAAACAUUUCGACUCGGUAUUAACCUCACCUAUUUACAAGAGGAUCCUUAAAAAUUCUCUUCUAAGUUAUGGUGUUUAGCUAGCUAGCAAUGCUGGUUUCUUUGUGUCGUGUUUUUUUUACUACCUUAUUUUAUUUCAUACCUUAUUUUACAGAAUGAUGCUAGCUAAAUAUCAGGCUAGCUAACUAUUUCAGCCAUGUUUAUCUACUCCAAUCACAACCCUUUAGUGUUAGUCAGCCAGCUCUUUUUUUAAAAAAAAUAAAAUUACUACCUAUUAGCUGGCUAGCCUUUUAUAUUUAGCUUACGUACUUCAAUGACCACAUUUCUGUUGUAAAGCUAGAUAGAUUGCUGAAUCCCAAUCUAAUGCAAGAUAUCUAUCUUUAGCAACCAUUUAGCCAAUUUUGCUUAUUAAAAACAUUUUUUUUUUUUUUCGGAUCAUUUCAAUCGGACCCUGAGCACACAGGCUAGCUUUACGUUAUUUCUUACGUAUUAUGUCUUUUAAUAAAUGCACAUAUACAUGUUGCUAACA